UGUUUUGAACUCUCCACAUACUGUACACUCUCACCCGGGCUGAUCCGUCAGUUUCUCUGUACAUUCUACCCGACAGGUGCAGAGACGCUGAUAAACUAUCAACCUCAGAUCAGAAGAGAAAAAAAAAGGGAAAAGAAGAAUACAGAGGUAGAAAUACGAGAGCGGGGCGUUGUGUGGAUGUGUGACAGAAAUGUAAGAGGAUUUGUAUAUUCGUGGACACCUUCGUAUUUUCUGCCAGACUUUCAGGAACUUCCCUAUCUGCAUCAGCUCUCUGUGACUUUUCUAUGUCAGAUGGAUUUUAUAUUUAUCCAGUUUGUAACUCAACAAACUUCCUGAGGAUGAUUUUGUCUUCAGUGUGUCCAGCUGUGAUGAAGUUCUAGUGUCGGAAUGAGGUUGGAGUUUCACUAAACAGUGACAGCAGAGUGAAUGAUCUGACACCUGAUCUGAUGCCACUCAAUCUGCUGGAGCUGAACAUGGUGUCUCACUGCAUCACAUAGAAGAGAGAGGACCCCACAGCUUUCAACCUCAGCUCACAGUCCAUGCCAUCAGACCAGCAGUUACCCUGAGGCCGCAGCUCCACACUUCAGGUCACAUGAUGUCAGCCGAACCACGUUCAUUACAGCUAUGCAGACUCCAUCUGCUGAUGAAGACAGUGAAGUGCUGUUGAAAUAUGUCAUUCCAAUACAUCCGGUGAGCACCCCCCCCCCUCACCUGCUGUGACCAUGGCGUCCUGGGCGAAGCAGCCCCAGGGGCGCGGCCUGUCCUCUCUGUUUUCUUGCUGCUUCAAAGGAAGUGACCAACCUGAGAUCACCCACUGCCACGAUGACAUUAACAGCAUGGCUGUGCUGGAGCCCACCCUGCCCAUGCCUCCCCUUCAAGAGCUGGACGCCAUGUUCGCUGAGCUGGUGGAUGAACUGGACCUUACAGAGGAGCACAGAGCCGCCAUGUUUUCUUUGCCAGCCGAGAAAAAAUGGAAGAUCUACUGCAGUAAGAAAAUGGAGGCAGAGGAGGACAAAGGAGCAACCAGCUGGCCAGAGUUUUAUAUUGACCAGCUCAGGUCCAUGGCUGCUAGGAAGACUCUGCUGGCACUGGAGGAUGAGGAGGAGCAGGAAAGACAUAAGAUCAUAGAUGGUCUUAAAACAGCACUGAGGACACAGCCAAUGAGGUUCGUGACACGAUUCAUCGAGCUGGACGGCCUGUCUUGCAUCCUGAAUUUCCUCAGGACGAUGGACUACGAGACCGCCGAGUCUCAGAUCCACACCUCGCUGAUUGGCUGCAUCAAAGCUCUGAUGAACAAUUCUCAGGGCAGAGCUCACGUCCUGGGUCACUGUGAGAGCAUUAACAUCAUCGCACAAAGUCUCGCCACUGAAAACCUCAAAACCAAGGUGGCAGUGUUAGAGAUCCUCGGUGCAGUAUGCUUGGUGCCCGGAGGCCAUAAGAAAGUGUUGGAAGCUAUGCUGCACUAUCAGAAGUUUGCCUCAGAGAGGACACGCUUUCAGAACCUGCUGACAGACCUGGAUAGAUCCACAGGCCGCUACAGAGAUGAGGUUAAUCUGAAGACGGCCAUCAUGUCCUUCAUCAACGCUGUGCUCAGCCAGGGAGCAGGAGAGACCAGUCUGGAGUUCCGUAUCCAUCUCCGCUAUGAGUUUCUGAUGUUGGGCAUCCAGCCAGUCAUUGACAAGCUACGUUCCCAUGAAAACGCCACUCUGGACAGACAUCUGGACUUCUUUGAGAUGCUGAGGAAUGAAGAUGAGCUUAUGAUUUCCAAACGCUUUGACGUUGUCCAUAUAGAAACUAAAAGUGCCAGCCAGAUGUUCGAGCUGAUCAAGAAGAAUCUGAACCACACUGAAGCUUACCCUCACCUCCUGUCUGCGCUGCAGCACUGCCUCAUGAUGCCAUAUAAGCAGAACAGUACCACGCUUCAGUACUGGGUGCUGCUGGAUCGGAUAAUUCAGCAGCUUGUUCUGCAGACGGACAAAGGUGAAAACCCUGAUGUUGCUCCACUGGAGGACUUCAACGUUAAAAACAUUGUACGCAUGCUCGUUAAGGAAAAUGAGGUGAAACAAUGGAAAGAGCAAGCUGAUAAAAUGAGAAAAGACCAUCAGAACCUACAGCAGCGGUUUGAAAAGAAAGAGAGGGAGUGCGAAGCCAAGAAUAAGGAGAAAGAAGACAUGAUGGCAAUGCUGAACAAGAUGAAAGACAAGCUGGAGCGAGAGACCAACGACCACAAGCAGGCGAAACUGCAAGUGGCGGACCUGUCUGCUCGGCUGCAGCAGCUCAGCUCUACGUCCACUGUUCCAGGUGGACCUCCUGUGACCUCUGGUGGUUUAGUUCCUCCUGGUACCGUCCCCUCCAUCCCCUCUCCUCCUCCUCCUCCACCUCCUCCUCCACCGCCCCCUCCUCCGGGAGGCCCGCCAGCCUUUGGCAUGGUUCCGUUUGCUCCACCUCCUCCUCCUCCAGGAGCUCCACUGAGCACGGCCCAGAGGAAGAAUAUUCCUCAGCCAUCAAACCCUCUGAAGUCAUUCAACUGGAGCAAACUGCCUGAGAGCAAAACAGAAGGAACCAUAUGGAAAGAGGUCGAUGAUCUCAAGGUGUUCAAAGUUCUGGAUCUAGAGGAGUUCCAGAGGACCUUCUCAGCUUACCAAAAGCCACAGAAGGAUGCUGAGGAUGAUCACACUUUCGCUAAGAAAGUCAAGGAGCUGUCAGUGAUCGACGGUCGCCGAGCACAGAACUGUAACAUCCUGCUCUCACGGCUGAAGCUGACCAAUGAGGAGAUCCGCCAUGCCAUCCUAACCAUGGAUGAACAGGAAGACCUGCCUAAAGACAUGCUGGAGCAGCUUCUGAAGUUUGUUCCUGAGAAGAGCGACAUUGAGCUGUUAGAAGAGCACAAGCACGAGCUGGACCGGAUGGCCAAAUCAGACCGCUUCCUGUAUGAAAUGAGCAGAAUCAACCACUACCAACAGAGACUCCAGGCUCUUUACUUCAAGAAGAAGUUUGCUGAAAGAGUGGCUGAGGUCAAACCUAAAAUCAAAGCUCUGUGUCUCGCGUCCAGGGAAGUAGUAGAGAGCAGGACACUGCGUCAGCUCCUAGAGGUGGUUCUGGCCUUUGGGAACUACAUGAACAAAGGACAGCGAGGAAACGCCCACGGAUUCAAAGUGUCCAGUCUCAACAAGAUAGCCGACACCAAGUCGAGCAUAGACAGAAACAUCACUCUGCUCCACUACUUGAUCACUGUAUUGGAAAAGAAGUACCCAAAGGUGGCAGCUUUCAGUGAAGAGCUGCAGAAUGUGCCAGAAGCUGCUAAAGUCAAUAUGACAGAGCUGGAGAAGGACAUUGGCAAUCUGAGAUCAGGCCUAAAGAGCGUUGAGGCGGAGCUGCAGUACCAGGAGGCUCAGUCCUCUCAUGGUCCUUCUGAUAAGUUUGUACCUGUGGUCAGUCAGUUCAUCACCGUGGCCUCUUUCAGCUUCUCUGAGGUAGAGGAGGCACUCACUGAGGCCAAAGAACUGUUUGGAAAGGCACUGAAACACUUUGGAGAGGACGCAUCCAACCUGCAGCCGGACGAGUUCUUUGGGAUCUUCGACACGUUCCUCAUCGCUUUCUCGGAGGCCAAACAGGACAAUGAGAACAUGGCCCGACGCAAGGAGGAGGAGGAGAGACGGGCACUCAUGGAGGCACAGCUGAAGAAAGACAGGGAGGAGAAAGCAAGGAAGGCCAAAGCGAACGAAGAGGAGGGCGGUGAGUUUGAUGACCUGGUGUCUGCUCUGCGCUCCGGAGAGGUGUUCGACAAGGAUCUGUCCAAAAUGAACCGCAGAAAACAGCGGAGACACAACUUGGUGGACACCAGCCGGGAGAGACCAGCAGCAAAACUGAACCAGUAGCAGUCCCCCUGCUGGGACUGUUAUAGACCUGCUGAAACAUGGGAAUGUGUCGGUAACACUGUGGUAGGCAUGGAGCGCUUAUUUUCACUUAAAUCCACACUACCGGUUCAUGGCUCAAGGAGGUACACAUCAUACACCUAUAGAUACUAACAGUAAACUGACAAAUGGUGAGGACAUAAAGGAAUAUUGCAACUUUUUGGGAGUCCAGACAUGUUGAGUUUAUCUUACCAUAAAUCCUGGAAGCAGAUGCUGCUAAAGCGCAUUGUACUCACUGACAGAAAGAGAGUAAACAUAUCUCACAAAAUGUUGAACUAUUCCUUUAAAUAGUACACUUCAGUUUCUGCAGAGAAAUUUGUAUAAAUGGAGAAUGAAGAGUUGAUGUACCGAACAUGUUGCUAUUUCCUGUGUUCAGAAUGUACCUGUACAGAAUAUUUUGCACACCAUAAGAGAAAAUAUAUAUUGAGAGAAUUAUAAUAUUGAACAGACGAGGAUGUGAAUGGUGUUUUCAGUAUGUUUAAAAUGUCCCAAAGUUUCUUCGGAGGCUAUUUAACCUUUUUUAUGUGUUAUUGUUUAUGGUAUACACACAAUCACAGAAACCGGAGCUGUUUGAAACUACUGAUACAUCCUGUAACAAUUUAUGGAACUUAAUUUAUGUGAAUGUACUGACAUGAAGCAGAGCACUGUUUAGAUCAAAUAUAUUUUACAUAAAUUAUAUAUUGCCCAGGUUUACAUACCCCUGGUUUAAUUAUUCAUGACAUUAGACAUGUAUCUUACAGUUCUGAAAGAAAAAUCUGUCUAAUCUGUCCUCUAAAACAUUUAAACAUCAAUGUGUGGUUUAUACCAAGUUUUAAAUAUGGACAAUUUAGUCAACAUUAUUGUUCUGUUUCCUUUCUGUGCAGUGUUCAGAUGUUUGUUGCUUACGCCUUUUAUUCUAAACUUUGGCAUUCAAUCAUUUUUUUUAAACAACUGUCUGUAAAUAUCUGCAAAUAUCUAUAUGGACACUUAAACCUGUAUCUCUUUAACCGAGAAUCAGUAUUAUGAGUUAAUGCAGGAAUGUACUGAGAUUUAAGAGUGAUGUUGGUGAAAUGAUGAAAUUAAAGGCGUUAUUAUUUAAAGAAUGACAUAGACAACAGUCCACCUAACAAAGCCUAUUCAUCAGCUGCUGCUGUGUCCACAUGUCCAUUCAUGGGUUUAAAUGGGUUUGGUGAAAAAAGCUGAGGACUGAGUGUUUUCACAUAGAUACCAUGUUCCAGGUUGAUUUUGACCUUUAUUUAUCGAGCUUUAAAUAAAGCUUUAUUUAUCUAGGA